AUGGACUUCCCCACUGGUGUUCUCAGCGUCAUCCUGCUGCUCGUCCUUCAUUCAUCACUCCCUUCGUGUUUYGUUGCCGUGACCAUGGGAGCCUUCUCCGUGGUCCGCAGAUGUGUAAAGAAAAGUUCCUCACAGGAGUAUGCUGCAAAAAUCAUCAACACCAAAAAACUGUCAGCCAGAGAUCACCAGAAACUGGAACGUGAAGCGCGAAUCUGCCGACUCCUAAAGCAUCCAAAUAUUGUGCGGCUCCAUGACAGUAUUUCAGAGGAAGGUUUCCAUUACCUCGUCUUUGAUCUGGUUACUGGUGGGGAGCUCUUUGAGGAUAUUGUUGCCAGAGAAUACUAUAGCGAAGCAGAUGCCAGCCACUGUAUUCAUCAGAUACUGGAGAGUGUGAAUCACAUUCACCAGCAUGAUAUCGUGCACAGGGACUUGAAGCCUGAGAAUUUGCUACUGGCAAGUAAAUGUAAGGGUGCUGCUGUCAAACUGGCUGACUUCGGACUGGCCAUAGAAGUGCAGGGAGAGCAGCAGGCCUGGUUUGGGUUUGCUGGCACUCCAGGCUACCUCUCCCCUGAAGUCUUAAGAAAAGAUCCGUAUGGAAAACCGGUGGAUAUAUGGGCAUGUGGAGUGAUUCUGUACAUAUUACUAGUGGGAUACCCUCCCUUUUGGGAUGAGGAUCAGCACAAACUCUAUCAGCAGAUCAAAGCCGGAGCCUAUGACUUCCCGUCACCUGAGUGGGACACUGUGACUCCUGAAGCAAAGAAUUUAAUCAAUCAAAUGCUAACGAUAAACCCAGCAAAGCGCAUCACAGCUGACCAGGCUCUCAAGCAUCCAUGGGUCUGCCAACGGUCCACUGUUGCUUCAAUGAUGCACAGGCAGGAGACUGUGGAAUGCUUGAGAAAGUUCAAUGCUAGAAGGAAGCUAAAGGGCGCAAUCCUCACAACAAUGCUUGUGUCUCGGAAUUUUUCAGCUGCCAAAAGCCUGCUGAACAAGAAGUCGGAUGGAGUGAAGAAAAGGAAGUCGAGCUCCAGUGUGCAUUUGAUGGAGCCUCAAACAACUGUUGUCCAUAAUGCUACCGAUGGCAUCAAGGGAUCCACAGAGAGCUGUAACACCACUACYGAAGAUGAGGAUCUCAAAGCUCCCCCGCUCUCCACCGGGGACGGCAGCUCAGUGCUUGAAGGACGGAGGCACAGUGAGAGCAAAACACAGACUGAGUCCAUGCAGUCCCAGCUUUCUCUCUGUUUCUCAGCCACUACACAGUCUUGCGAAGAGAAGCUGCUUGCCUGGGACAGCCCAGGGCAGACAUUGGAGUUCGAGCGCGCUCGGUCGGAGCCGCUGCUCACUCCAGUAGUUCCCUUUGCCCUUAACAGCGCACCGCUGCGUAAGCAAGAGAUCAUUAAGAUAACGGAGCAACUGAUAGAAGCCAUCAACAAUGGAGACUUUGAGGCAUAUACGAAAAUCUGUGAUCCUGGCUUGACGUCAUUUGAACCUGAAGCACUGGGAAACCUCGUUGAGGGAAUGGAUUUCCACAAGUUUUACUUUGAGAACUUGCUGUCCAAGAACAGCAAGCCAAUCCACACGACGAUCCUGAACCCGCACGUGCACGUCAUCGGGGAGGAUGCCGCGUGCAUCGCCUACAUCCGCCUCACGCAGUACAUCGACGGCCAGGGCCGGCCCCGCACCACGCAGUCCGAGGAGACCCGCGUGUGGCACCGCCGCGACGGCAAGUGGCUCAACGUGCACUACCACUGCUCCGGAGCACCCGCGGCGCCCCUCCAGUGAGGAUCCRGCACGGCAACUUGUGGAGAUACUCAGCUGGAGGGCAAUACCUUCUUAGCAAGCAGCUCUGGAGUGCCUGAGUGACAGCAAUGGUCAUGUCCGUUUUGACGUUAAAAAAGUAAAUAAAUAAAUAAAUACAAAUUACAAGCAGGCAGCCGCCAAGUGCACGAAACCCUGCAUGCAUCUGAUGCUCCGGGCGCUGCCUUUCUGUUGUUUUCCAUGGAUCCAUCGUGUCUGUUUCUGCUGUACGAAGGUGUUUUUAAAUCUUAAAAAAAAAAAAAAAAAGAAAAAAAAGAAAAAAAAGAAGAAAAAAAAGACAUACUGUUUGUACAAAAUAACAAAAACAGGAAUAAUGCUAAAUAAAUGACAGAUUAUCCAACACGCCCCCCUCUCCCAGGACUAAGAAAAUGGCAGCAGCUGGAACAUCUUGCAGGAAUGAAGCGAGGGGGCAAGCAAAAGUGAAGGAGAGAGAAAGAGAGGAGGAGAGCAARGAGGAGGCAGCYUGGGCAGUGCCUGCUGCACGGUGCUCCGCAGAGCCCCGGGGAGCUCCGUGGCAUUCGGGCUGCGUCGCGACGGGCGCCGAGGAGACCCCAGAGGAGCCGCCGCGGAGAUUGGGGCUGGAGAGAGAGCAGGGACGCUUCUCUCCCUGCUGCCCAGCAGACUGACCGCAGCCCGGAUUCCUUCUGCGCGGCAACAACGCUACGGAAAGCUGCUCGCUCGGCUGCUGGAUCCCAAAAGAGACUUCUUUUUUAAAAAAAAAAAAAAAAAAAAAGAAAAGAAAAAGAAAAACAAAGUGAGAUGUUGAUUUAAAAGUAAAGGUGAAAGUAGGGAUAAAUAAGAAAUGGAUUUAAGUAAAUAUAUAACUUAAAUAGAAGCUUGCUCUUCAGAGAUACUGAUUUUAGAAACAGCCACUACCUGGCCAAACACAGAUGUUUGAAGCCAGCUUAUUUAAUUUAAAAAAAAAAAAGAAAAAAAAAAGGCAUUGUGUUAAGAGUGAAGAAUUUUGCGGCAGAGGGUAAAUAUAUGGGACUUCCUUUUUUCCUUUUUUUUUUUUUUGUUCUUUCUAGUAGCAUAGUUGGGAUCCACAGUGCUGCAGAACACGUGUUCCUUAGGAAGCAGACAAGAAACUUAGUGUUACGUUCUUCAUGAAGACUUGCACAUACACUCCUAUAUGAGGCAUAAAUAGCGUGUGUUUUUUAUACUGAAAUAUAUGCACCCAUAGAAUUCAAGGGGUUUACUGGCCUCCUGGUUGAUUUGUUUGAUCUCCGCAUCMAGUAGCAGUGGGAGCCAGCAACCCCAGCCAGGUGCUUCUCCCUCCCACUAACCCAUCUGAUGUUUGUAAGUGUCAUGUUUCCUAGUGUUUAUUUGGGUAAUUUUUCUAUUUUUUACAGUGAUGUUGUAACACAGAAAACUAUCAGAUCAGAACCUCAACAAACUGUAGCCGAAGGACUCCAGGCCACCUCCUGGUGCCGCCUCUGAGCGUUAGAUGAUACCGCGUGGAUUCAGCAGAGGGUAAAGAGAAUUAGCACAUAUGAUCUGAUGUUUGUCCUUUGGGCCAAUUCACCUCCCUUUCUAUCCUUUGCUGGAAGGGGAGUCUGCUUCCUUUAUUCAUUAGCUGGGGAAUGUGGAGUUGUUUUGUUGACCUUACCAAAAAUGGGUCCUAGCCCCAAGAAGACAACAGCUUUCCUGAUGGACCCUUUCAGGAACGGGAUUUACCUUGACCAAAGGGGAAGGCACAGGCUUGCUUGCUACUUACAGAAGUUGGGUGGGCUUUUACCUCAAUUUCUUUCUACCCGCAAUCAUUUCUGGAUCUUUCCAGGGAUUUGAAGUGAUUGCAUUGACAGCAUACCAAGUGUGAGGCAACRUCUUUGCAGGCUAUGGAAGAGAGGAAAGCUAAUUUGGAAUUUUAAUCCUUAUUUAGCAGAAUGCAGAAAGUAAAAGCUGUUACACAAAGUGGAGCUGUCACUUUGUACCGUGUAGCUCUCAGCUGCCUUUGUUAGAGAGGUGCUAUCCCACAGCAGGAUUAGAGCAGCCAACCCAAGAUGAAGGAAAAGACCAUCCCUGCUUCCCAGGGUUUGUCUGAACACACACACAUCUCUGCUCCCUCUGCCACCCAGGGGAGGAGUGUGGGGAUUGAGUCCAUAGGGGGCAAACACUAGAUUUUAUUAUCGCAAAACAUUUUUAAGACAGCACUAAGCCAGCAAGUGAAGUGGAAAAGUAAAAAGCCUUGCUAUUUUAUCCUGACAUUUUUUUUUAAAAAAAGCCACAAAGAGAGAGCAGAUAGGAGAUGACAAUUAUGCAGUUUUAAAAAGAUAAAUACAAACCAUUAUGCAUGCCUUCUUUAGGUCUGAUCUUCCUUGUCUCUUUACCUGAUGAUUAUUCCUAAUUAAAAAGAGAACCCUCUGUAUUAAGUAUCUGCAUAUUUCAGAGUAAAUUUAAAAAGAAAGAAUUUUUUUUUUGGUUUUGCACAGUCUUGGAGACAAACUCUCUUUGGGUUUUUUUUUGKUUGUUUGUUUUGUUUCCUUUUAAGUUAAUGAGAACCUUAGCUUGGUAUGGCCAUUAUCAAACACAGCUGUACACCUUUAGCAUUCUUAAUGUUCUCUUAUGGGGCUAAUAUAAGCAUCUAUAUAAUAUAUAUUAUAAAUAUCACAUUUUAAACAGGAAAUGGAAGGCAUUUGAUGCAGAAUUUUUUGCAUGAUAUAGAAAUAAUUAAAACAAAGU